AUGCUUCUUGUUAAAGAAAUAAAAGGUAUGUCUUACAGCAGAACAGUUUCCGUUGAAGAAGAGCAGCCACUGAAAGAAUGUCCAGUUUUGGACUGUACUUACUCAAACUAUCCUCUUAAAUGUUUCACACCAACUGCGUUUUGGUUCGGUGGAAGACUAUGCCCUGGUUGCUACAAAAAUAUAUGUUUAACUACUCUGACAAAUCAGCAACAAAAUCAGCAUCAACAAAGACCACCACUAAAGCCACAGUAUAAAACCUCCCAGCCAGAACAACGUCAAUAUGGAUCACGUCAGCAAAAACAGCGAACAUAUGAUUCACCUCAGUUAGACACCCGUUCGUACGGCCAACCAGAUUAUAAAUCACCCCAGAUAGAAACUCGCAAGUAUGGACAACCAGAUCAUAAAUCAUCUCAGUAUGAAGAUGGCCAAUACCAGCAACAUCAGAUGUCCCAGCGUGAAGUGAAUCAGUACGAAGCACCUCAGUACAGCCAACAACAGUAUCAGGCACCUCAAUACAAAACACAUCAGAACAACCAACAACAGUAUCAGGCAUCUCAAUACGACACACGUCAGAUCAACCAACAACAGUAUAAUCAACAGUAUAAAGCUCCACAGGUCCACCAGGCACAGUAUCAAACUUCUCAAAACGAAGGAUAUCAACAACAGUAUCAAUCUCGUCAGUACAACCAACCACAGUAUCAAACUACUCAGUACGAUCAACAACAAUAUGCAGCUAAUCAGUACAACCAACCACAAAAUGAUCAACAAAAGUACAGACAACAGCAGUACAGACCUCCUCAGAACCGACAGCAACAACGAUACUAUUAUAAUAGAUGAGAAAUCCUUCAGAAUAUCCAAUAAAGGAUUUGCUCUUCAUCCUUAUUUUAACCAGCUCUUUCAUAAUUGUGGUUACAACUGCAUCCAUUAUGUGAAGUGAGAUGGUUGAAAUUGAGUAAUAGAUUGCGGUGUUUAUGAGCGAAAAUGACGUCCUGUCUCAACAAGUAUGCAGUGGCAUCCAAAACCUGGUAUCCGUAUUCCACUGUACUAGUGCUGCUCAUAUUGGCAGAGUCAACUCUAUUUGGGCUAAAAGGAUCAUUUGAGGAUAAACAUGCGUGAACAAUGGCUGGCCAUUUGAUAUCGACUGGAUUUAAGUGCAAUUUCGCCUCAGCCAAGAAUGAUAUGAACUAGUUGUGAAUCAUCAUACAAUGUCAUAUCUAAGAUUAUGUUGUCGAAUAUACUACCUCAAGAACUGUACUCAAACUCAUGUCAGACAACGAGUAAGAUUAUUACUGUAGAUAUGUUCUGAGUACUAUAAUGAUUUGCCAAUCAAGACAAUUUACAAUCAAGACAAUUUAAAAUCAAGACAAU